AGAGCAGCGACAGCCAGACGAGGCGGAUGGCCUAAACGAAACGAAGAGCGACGCGCGGCCCAAAAGAAAACAAACACAAGCCACAAAAUUUCUAUUACAAUUGAUAUUUAUUUUUGUGUCUGUUGAAUUUUGUGUUUAGUGAGUGCGUAUUUUUUUUUGUGUGGAUUUUUUGCUUUGUUUUUUGGUAUUUUUUGCCUCAAUGUGUGCGCCGAAUGAAAGUGCAAUAACAACAGCAACAGAAGUGAACGCGAACGCGAACGUGAUUGUGAACGUGACUGCGCCUGCCACUGCCACUGUGCCACUGUGAUCGUGACGAGCGAAUGAAAGUGUGCCAGGCUUUGGCUUUCGAUACAUUCUGAGCGGGAAAGUACCAGCGAGAGAUCCAAAGAGGACAAGUUCAAGCCCGUAGAAGGUCACCCCCCAACCGCCACAAACAACCCCAAUCCAGGCCCAAACCCGAACCCGAUUCAGAUCCAGAAUGGUUGUUGUUCCCGCUCUGGGCGCCGCCGCCUUAUCGGUGGGUGGCCUACUGUUUAAGGCCAGCAGCGCCGCCUCGGCGGGCGUGGCCGCCGUGGGCGCCUCCCAGCUGGGCCUGGCCAUAGCCGGAGCCAUCAAGCUGGCCACCGCCGUCGUGGGCGUGGGCAAGCUGACCAUCCUGCCGUUCCUGAUAGCGGCCAUCGCGUACUACAACUACGACCUGUUCGACCCAGAGAACCGGCCCUUCAAUGUGCCGCAGGUGGACCAGGCGUACGACUUCAUCAUCAUUGGCGGCGGAUCGGCGGGCACUGUGCUCGCGUCGCGACUCUCCGAGAUCAGCCACUGGAAGAUACUGCUGCUGGAGGCCGGCGGCCACGAGACGGACAUAUCGGAUGUGCCCCUCCUCUCGCUCUAUUUGCACAAAAGCAAAAUGGACUGGAAGUAUCGCACCCAGCCCCAGGCCACUGCCUGCCAGGCCAUGAAGGACCAUCGCUGCUGCUGGACAAGGGGAAAGGUGCUGGGCGGCAGUUCGGUGCUCAACACAAUGCUCUACAUCAGAGGCAAUCGCAGGGACUUUGACCAGUGGGCAGAGUUCGGCAAUCCGGGCUGGUCCUACGAGGAGAUCCUGCCAUACUUCCGCAAGUCCGAGGACCAGCGUAAUCCGUACCUGGCGAGGAACAAGCGCUACCAUGGAACAGGUGGCCCCUGGACCGUGCAGGACUCGCCGUACAACACGCCCCUGGGCCCGGCCUUCCUGCAGGCUGGCGAGGAGAUGGGCUACGACAUCGUCGACGUCAAUGGGGAGCAGCAGACGGGCUUCGGCUUCUAUCAGUUCAACAUGCGACGCGGCUCUCGCAGCUCCACGUCCAAGUCCUUCCUGCGCCCGAUCCGGCUGCGCACCAACCUGCACGUGGCCCUCUUCUCGCACGUGACCAAGGUGCUGACCGACCCCACCACGAAGCGGGCCACGGGGGUGCAGUUCAUCCGGGACGGACGGCUGCAGAACGUGUACGCCACCAGGGAGGUCAUACUGUCGGCGGGGGCCAUCAGCUCGCCCCACCUCAUGAUGCUGUCGGGCAUCGGGCACGGGGAGGAGCUGAGUCGAUUCGGCAUUCCCCUGGUCCAGCACCUGCCGGGGGUGGGCCAGAACCUGCAGGACCACAUCGCCGUGGGGGGCAUUGCCUUCCUGAUCGACUACCCCAUAUCGAUAGUGAUGAAGCGGAUGGUCAACAUCAACACGGCCCUGCGGUAUGCCAUCACCGAGGACGGUCCGCUGACCUCCAGCAUCGGACUGGAGGCGGUGGCCUUCAUCAACACGAAGUACGCCAAUGCCAGCGACGAUUGGCCGGACAUGAACUUCAUGAUGACCUCCGCCUCGGUGAUGUCCGACGGCGGGUCACAGGUGAAGACCGCCCACGGGCUGAGCGACGAGUUCUACCAGGAGGUCUUCGGGGAGGUGAACAAUCGCGACGUCUUCGGCAUCUUCCCGAUGAUGCUGCGCCCCAAGAGCCGGGGCUUCAUCAAGCUGGCCUCCAAGAACCCGCUGCGGUAUCCCCUGCUCUACCACAACUACCUCACCCAUCCGGACGACGUGAAUGUCCUGCGGGAGGGCGUCAAGGCCGCCGUGGCCAUGGGCGAGACGGAGGCCAUGAAGCGGUUCGGGGCCCGCUUCUGGAACAAGCCCCUGCCCAAUUGCAAGCACCUGACGCUCUUCACCGACGACUACUGGAACUGCUUCAUCCGGCAGUACACGAUGACCAUCUACCACAUGAGCGGCACGGCCAAGAUGGGACCGCCCAGCGAUCCCUGGGCCGUGGUGGACCCCCAGCUCAGGGUCUACGGCAUACCCGGGCUGCGGGUGAUCGAUGCCAGCAUUAUGCCGGCGAUCACCAAUGGCAAUAUCCAUGCCCCGGUCGUGAUGAUUGGCGAGAAGGGGGCCGAUCUCAUCAAGCAGCUCUGGCUGUCACCCAGCUCUGGGCCCUCGCCGCGACUGGGCCAGGGUCAGGGUCAGGCCACACGACCCCUAUGGAGGGGCAAGCGGGAACUGAGAUCGGGAAAUGCCACGACCUCAUCCACCGACGACCGAAUGGAACAUGUCCAGGAGGAGGCGGUUCGUCAAUGGGAAUUGCCGAGCUCGUAGCUGGGUUCCUAGAGUUCUUGGGGUUUCAAUUGGGGGCUUACGGGUGGUUCUGGGGCUGCGGUUACGGGAUACGGGAAAGGGACUCAAAAGAUCCAGUGCGAGAGGUCGCGCGUUGCCUUAGCCUUUAGUUUAGCACAAAUUGCCGCGAUGUUGAAUAAAUUGUAUUUAUUAAGCUUUAGUUUUUGUCCACUCUCUCCCCCACUACCCCAUCCCCCUUCCGUGCCCAUCCCUACCGGACUUAGUCUUAGUUAAGCGCUUCAUGUAAAUAUCGAGUCAUUUAUGAUAAUUUGUUUGUAUUUUCCUUUUUUGUUUCGUAUCCUUUAUACGUUAUACUUUUAUACAUACCUAUACCUAUAUUUUUAUAUAUUUUUGUUUUACUUUUAGAAUUUAAUUUGUAGCUACUGUUUGUCUGGCGCCGCGUACACUUGGAGUACCUCAAUUAGCUGUUAAGUUUUGGAUAGUUUCGGAAGCAUUCGAUGUUUGCUUUCGACUAGAAUACGACUACUCUCAAAUGCAAACGAACCGAACACAUAAUAAAUUGAUAUCGCAAAUGGAGAGGGUGCAGUCU